AGAUAUUAAUCAAAUUUAAUUAUAUUAAGAGUUAAAAGUAUUUUUGAAGACAAACGAAUCGUUGUCUUUAACAUAACACGUUUUACAAUGCAUGGGAAAACAUUUGUACGUUUUGGUCAAUAGAAAAUAUUAUGUUUCGUAAACGUCAUUAUGAUAAUAUCGGGUCAGGCAUGUGGAAAAUUUCUCUUCCGCUCGUUUUUACAUACAAAAGAAUUCGCUUCAAAAUUAAGGUUAGAAUCCAACAGAGGAGAUUAUAGGAGCUCGAAAGCUCUCGCUCGGACUACUAUUUUCUUGGAAGAAGGAAUGUAUAUACAAGAACUCCCCUUGAUCGUGAAAAAGAUCAACGACAUUGGACUUGUAUGUAACGUUAAAGGUAAGGACGAUGAGACUCCUCUCGAUUCUCGGUACUUGGACACAUUUAAGAAAAAGGAACAACUUGGAAUUAUAUCCAAAGGGAAUCGUAAGCAAGCGGCGGAGAAGAUAGAUAUCGAAACCAAAAUUGCAAAACAGAGGAUAGACAUAGAAACCGAUGAAGGAACUGCUAUACUUUUUUCUUCCGAUUUAGAAUGUCUUAAACAUACGAAUAUAGAGGAAAUUUUAGAGGGAUUGAAUUCUUCUUAUUCCACUAAAGGAAUAUAUUCUUUAUUAGAGAACAAAAUUGCGGAUGAAAUUAAUUGUAGAAUAGCCCUUCAAGGUUUAAGAAAGAUCAUUGAAAUGGAGAAUGUUCAACGAAGAUACAAAAAUGCAAAGCUAUUAAGACAAGAGCAAUUGGUUGUAAAUACUAUCAACAGAGAUGCUGUUUUGAAACAACUCGUUAAGAUGAUUGUCAGAAGUCAAGACAGUCAAAUGAUAAUAGAAGGCCUUUGUGCAUUGAAGAAAGACAAGUUUAGUCCAGCUAGAAAUAUCUAUCGUGAUUGUUUAUCCGACGAAGCAUUAAUUAGAGCAUCGGAUGGCGACUUUACUUUGUCACAAUUAAUAGAUGUUGUAAAAGUUUUGUCUUCUUAUAAAGAUUCUAGAUACCAAGAAUUUAUUGACAUGUUGUGGGUGGGUAUAGCGAAUAGAGAGGAAGAAAUUAAUGCGGAUUUAUUAGUACCAUUAUUUAAACUUAUGUAUUUGUUUAAUCAAAGUAAGAACAUGGUGAGAAUUAUCUUAGAGAGAAAGCUUUCUCAACAUUGGCUGAGAUUAACGGGUUCUCAGAUAGGAGAAAUAUUAAAUUGUUAUCACCGUGAUGUAUUAUCAUCAGGAUGUUUAAUGAGUGCCAGUAAAUGGGCUUCUAUGAGUAUGAAUACCUCUAAAGAGAAAGACCUUAUUGAUUUUAUUCAAAGUUUGUAUGCAAAGAAAUAUAUCGAUGAUAGAAUAGAAUUAACGUUGGAGGAGUAUAUGAAAGCUAAAGGUAUUCAUAUUAAAGAUCCUCGAUUAAUAGCUACUAUUAUGAAUUAUUGCGGAACCAUGAGAGUCAGGAACGUCCAUAUUAUUACUAUUUGUGGAGAAUAUUUUAUAAAAUAUGGAAAGGAGUUGCCCGCAUCCUUAUUGGCACCAAUUCUUAUGCCCUUUGGUUUAUUAGACAUACGGCCACCGCAUAGUAAAUUGUUUUGGGAAGUAUUCGAAGAAGUAUUAUUUGAAAAAUGUUUAGAUUUGAAGCCAAACGAGAUUUUAGAUAUUUUACUUUCUUGUAUCCAUUUAGAGAAAUAUCCUUUAAGCUUCUGGGAAACGGUAGUUAAAUCGCAUUCGCUAGAUAUGAUUUACAAAAAGAGAAAUACCAUCUUUAACAAGGAUUUGUUAUACAAAUUAAUAUUAUUUGAUGCUUCAAUGUAUAUAGAAUGCGAACAUUAUCGUAAUUUUCGCGUUAAUUCGAAUAAUAUAGCAAAAUCAUUGUUCGUGGACGUACGUUUAAGAAGAAUAAUUAAUCAAAUAUAUAAACCAUUGGAAUCUGUAGUAGGUAAAGAAAAGAAAUUAAGUAAAAAUGUUCUUUUAAGCAAAUUACCAUUCAUUAAUUUUUAUGUACUCGAUAUACUGAUACAUUCAUUGUCCGUGUCAACAGAAAUUUUCAACUUGGAAAAUAAUAGAAAUUUAAACACUGUCGUUUUAAUACAUUUGCCAGAACAUUAUUGUCGAAAUACAAAACACUUGAUAGGCCCACAAGUAACAAGAAAAAGGCAGAUAAGAAAGUUGGGUUUUCGCGUAGUAUGUUUAGAUUACAUGACAUUAGAAAAAUUGUUCGAUCAACCAGAGGAAUUAUCCAAUUAUUUGAUAAAAAAUUUCGAAGCAGCCGAGGACGCGUUAUAAACCGCGACUAAUCGUCGGUCUUUAUAGAAUUGAUAUUUUAUAGAAAAAUGUAGAUCUCUGAGCUUUUUGUACAGGGAAUAAAAGUUAUGAGAAAAAGA